AAGGCGGGGGCGCGGCGGUGGCGGGAGCGUCCCUGGUCUCCGCCCCUGUUUCCCACUCUCCUUCCACCGCCGACCGGCCGGGGCUCGGGAGCCGCGCCGCUCGCCCGCGCCCGGGGCCGCCCUGCCGCCUUCGCCGCUUCCGUGCGCCCGCGGCGAGCCCGUCCGUCCCCCCCGCCGCCCGGUGCGCUGCUCCGUCUGGGCCAUGGAUGGCGGGGAUCUGAUGAGCUUCUUUCUUCUGGCAUCAUUAACGGACCUUUUACCAUGAACAGUUCUAACCCAGCAAGUGUGUAUGCUAAUGGGAAUGAUAACAAGAAAUUUAAAGGCGAUCGACCUCCCUGUUCACCUUCUCGAGUUCUCCAUCUACGCAAAAUUCCAGAUGAUGUCACCGAAGCCGAGGUCAUCUCAUUAGGUCUACCCUUUGGCAAAGUAACUAAUCUUUUGAUGUUGAAAGGAAAAAGCCAGGCUUUCUUAGAAAUGGCUUCUGAGGAAGCAGCUGUUACUAUGGUGAAUUACUACACUCCUGUUACUCCUCACCUUCGGAGCCAGCCUGUUUUUAUUCAGUAUUCCAAUCACAGAGAACUUAAGACUGACAAUCUACCUAAUCAAGCUAGAGUCCAAGCUGCACUGCAGGCCGUCAGCGCUGUUCAGUCGGGAAGUCUGGCCCUCCCCGGAGCUCCUGCCGGCGAAGGCCCAAUCUUACCUGGGCAGAGCCCUGUUCUCCGAAUAAUUAUCGAAAACCUCUUUUACCCCGUCACUCUGGAAGUUCUUCAUCAGAUAUUCUCUAAAUUUGGCGCAGUCUUGAAGAUAAUCACCUUCACAAAGAAUAAUCAGUUUCAAGCCUUGCUUCAGUAUGCUGACCCAUUGAAUGCACAUUAUGCAAAAAUGACUCUGGAUGGCCAGAAUAUCUAUAAUGCAUGCUGUACUCUGCGUAUUGACUUCUCCAAGCUCACCAGCCUUAAUGUGAAAUAUAAUAAUGACAAAAGUAGAGACUUCACUCGCUUAGACCUUCCUACUGGUGAUGGCCAGCCAUCCCUUGAGCCCCCAAUGACUGCUGCUUUUGGUGCACCAGGUAUCAUUUCCUCUCCCUAUGCGGGGACUGCUGGAUUUCCCCCAGCCAUUGGAUUUCCUCAAGCAGCAGGCCUCUCAGUCCCGGCUGUUCCUGGAGGCCUCGGUCCUCUCGCCAUCACCUCCUCUGCUGUCACCGGAAGAAUGGCCAUUCCCGGGACGGGUGGUAUUCCAGGAAAUUCUGUUCUACUUGUCACAAAUCUCAAUCCUGAUCUUAUCACACCACAUGGACUUUUUAUCCUAUUUGGAGUAUAUGGUGAUGUACACCGAGUGAAGAUUAUGUUUAAUAAGAAAGAAAAUGCACUGGUUCAGAUGGCUGAUGCAAAUCAAGCUCAACUAGCAAUGAAUCAUCUGAGUGGGCAGAGACUUUAUGGAAAAGUGCUUCGUGCUACACUGUCCAAGCAUCAAGCGGUUCAGCUUCCUCGGGAGGGACAAGAAGACCAGGGUCUGACUAAGGAUUUUAGCAACAGUCCUUUGCAUCGCUUUAAAAAACCUGGCUCUAAAAACUUCCAGAAUAUUUUUCCACCAUCAGCCACGUUGCAUCUUUCCAACAUCCCCCCUUCUGUUACAGUGGAUGAUCUGAAGAACCUUUUCACAGAAGCAGGAUGUACAGUGAAAGCUUUUAAAUUCUUUCAGAAGGAUCGCAAAAUGGCUCUCAUUCAGUUGGGAUCUGUGGAAGAGGCGAUCCAAGCACUCAUUGAGCUUCACAACCACGACCUUGGGGAGAAUCACCACCUCAGAGUUUCCUUCUCAAAAUCAACCAUCUGACCUUCUGUGAAUUCUGCUUCUAGGACUGGACCAUAAUUUCAGGAACCUUUCAGACAUAGACUUAAGCAACUCAAGACCAAUUCUGCCUCUUUCAUAAAAUUCAACUUUCUGAGUUUGUUUGCUAUUCGAGUACAUUAAAAAACAAACCAACAAGGGAUAUUCUCUUUACCAACUAUUCCCCCUGCCAGUAUGUGAUCUUGUUUCUUUGUACCAUAGUUUCUAUGAAAAUAACCAUCAAAAACAUUUUUUUUAUCCAAUAAUUGAAUUUCUUCUGGUAAAUUGGAUUUUAAGAGGACAGGUUUUCUUUCAGUUUGGGUCCAGAUUAGCCUUACACAGCAUUUCUAAACUCCUUUGUACUUUGAAAAAUUUCAGCAGAUACACUUUUUAAAUUACUUACAAUCAGGUUUUUAACUUGGUGAUUUAGAAGUUUGAUCCCUAAGAAAAUUAAGUUCACUUAUAAGCAUCAGUCAUUAGGUAUAUGUUGCUAAUUAUAUACGUAAAUUGAAUUAUAUUGGAAGCAGAUUUAUAAAAUUGCAUGUUUUCUUCCAGUGAUUCUUUCUCCCCCCCCCCGACCAAUGUAAGACACUCCUAUGAAUACUGCAUAUACUUCAACUUUUUGCAACUAUGUGGAGAAACGAAGUGUCUCAGCUGUCCCCAGGGAAAAUAAGUGGACUCCAAUCAGGAUCUGUUAGAGUAUCAGGAAAGUUCAUGAUUUUAUUAGAAUCAUGUGGCAAAUUUCCAAACAAUACUUAUUUGCUGAAUAAAAUGGCCUUGAAAACUUUAAAAAGAAAAGAAUCCUUAUAAACUACUUUUUAAUAAUUGUUUUCAGAAAAAGUUUACAGUCUUAAGGAAAAUAUUCAGGUCUAUCAUAUGGUUUGACAGAUUUUUAAAAAGUUAUUUUUGGUAAGGUCUUCUUUUAGAAAAAAAAUAUUAAUCUCAAGGGUUUUGUACCACUAUAAUCUCUAAUACUUAUUCAGAAUUACUGUGUAUUUACUUAAUUUCUUAUGUGCCUUAUUAUGUGCUUAUGAAAUAAUAGGUUAGGAUUUUAAUCUAAGUAUCUUGAAAGCUAUAUGUGGGCUUGGUGAGCAAUUUUUGUCUCUUUGGAUUUUUGUUUUCUCCCCCUUUUGGUGAGGAUUUUAAAGUUAUUUUCAUUGCAAUUUUAAGAUUUUCAGUAAGAGUUUUCAGAUUUUUGGUGCUUUCUUGCAGAGAUGGAGCAGGGAAGGGGGAGGGGUGAAAGGUCUGGGGAAUAACUCAGUGCACACCUGUAGACAGACAUCUCCACAUUAGGACCAAGGGUGGUCACUGCCAGGUGUAGCGUCCACUUGCAGAACGCAAUCUUAGUUUCUGAAUCUUGUCUAAUCCUUAUCAUGUGUUAGAAUUUGCCUCAGGAUUACUUGUUUUUGUUUUUGUUUCUUUUUCUCUGAACUCAAGUGAUAACUUGCCUUUUUAAUUGUUAAUACAACUUCAUUACUGAGUGCCCACAUACAUGGAGUAUGAGAAAUUGGGUUCUUUCUCACAUUUUGGAUUGAAUGUAAGAGUACAUUUUAAUGUUACUUCCGUGAUUGUAUGAUUCUUUUUUAAAGAGAAACUUUAUGUUUUCGUUCACUUUUAAGUGCUUAGAUUUUUUUUUUUAACAAUUUGUCAAAAGGGAUAUUUUUGUCCACUCCUUUUAUACUUUUCAGAUUCUUAGAGUGACUCAUCUCACCUUUCAAAGUAAUAUCUCAAUUUCUGCUAUAUUUUAGAUGUUAGUUUGAAUGCAGGAAAGUUUUCAUAAAAAUUUAACAAGAACGUUGGAGAUUUCAAAUUUUAGUAGGUUGUUUGAAAAAACAAUUCACUGAGCAACAAUAGGGAGAAUUGGUAGAAAGGUAGAUUGAGAUCUUUCAGAUCAGUUUUAGUUUUCACUGAAUAGAUAUACUAAUUUAUCUAGUUAUUAUUAUUCACUUGGGAAAUGUAUUUUACCAAAGCACUGAGAAAAGCAAGCAGGGGGUUCAGGGUGGGGAAGAUCUAUGAGAAAUCUCCCACAUUUAUUUAUAUAAGCAUGAUUAAAAUUUUCAGUGGCAUGUUAAUUGGAUUAGUUAAUUUACUUUGAGUUAGGAUUUACUGUUGUGAUUUUAAUUCAUUAUUCUCUUAGCAUUUAGUACAAUGGUAGCAUAAGUGUAGCAGAAGGGAGAUCAUUAUAGUGUUGAAUGUAGUUUUGAAGUAGGAAAUGGCCUUUAAAUCUGACAGAACAUUUGAAUCCUUUUCAGGGAUUUGUGUAUGUGUGUGUGUGUGCGUGUUUGUGUGUAGAUAAGUGUAUAUACAUGCAUACGUACACUCGUCUAAUGUUGUACAUACAUAUGCACAUUUACAUUUUAAUUUAUUGACAAAGAACAUCAAGAUUUGAGAAAGUGAGGUUUUCUUGUUUGAAACUGUGUGCUUGAAACCAUCAGUUUUUGUCUAAAAUUAACUAUAUCAUGUACAUGUCCAUUUUGGUAUGUUUGCUAUUUGAAUUAUAGAGAUCCGCAGUAUUUGUCUUAGCAUGAUUUCUGUAAAAAGACUUCAGGGUAGUGGAAAAACUCUGUCUUUGUGUAUUGUUUGGCAUGUAUUAUUCUUUAUCUUCUAAGAAAUAUUUUAUUUUUGUUGUUAAGCUUAUUUACUUUGUCUUACAAAGUAUUGUCUGAUAACUUUUGGAGGUAUCUUGACUUUUACACAUAGAGUAUAUAUUCAGGACUUUUUAAAAAAUAGCAGUACAUGCUUAAGAGUAGCAAUUUUUGACAAGACUUUUACUUUGAGAUUUUAAUAAUUUGCAUUACAGCGAAGUGUGUUUUAUGUGAGGUUCAAAUAGGAAAAUGAACUAGUUCCCUAAUUAGUAACUUAUUGGAGAGUAUCAGAAUUACCCAAUUGCUUCCACAGAAUGCCAUAAAUUCCUUAAGACUAAAUAUUUAAUCAAUUAUUUGUAUUAAUGUCUCUGAUUUUGUUUCUGGAAGUUGUUUUUAGAGGUAGUGUCUGCCUUAUUUCUUAUGGAAGCAUUUCUUUGGCUCCACCUAGCUGGGUACUGCUACAGAUGAUUAGAAGUAGCUCAUGAAUAUCUCUGCUCAGAUUUUGUAUAAACUUUCAAAGCUUCCAUGUCAUUAGGCAGCAAGAUUUAUGCCUAGAACAUAUUACCGUGCAAUUUUUCUUCCAUUCCCACUAAUGUUUGGACAGAUGUCCCCAUGAGUCAUUUGACUCAGUUAAAUAAAAGCCCAACAUUGCCAAACUAUAAGCCUCUUAGAAAACCUAAUACGUACUGCUAUUUUUAAACCAAAACAAUAAAAGACAGUGUGACUAUGUGUAAAAGCAUUUUCUUAGCAUUUCUUUUUGUCUUGUUCUGUUGUUAAGAAUAAAACUGCCAGACUUAAAAUAUUCUACUAUUGUGCUAAAACAAAUGUAGUUGGAUUGCACAAAACUUUUCCUUUAAAGAAAAUUGAACUUCGUUGUCUUGAAAGAACUGUGUUGUUAUCUACAAGAUUAUUUACAGUCUUUCCAGAGCAAAUUUUAAUAGCUUAUUAUGAAUGGCUUAAAAACUAGAAAGUUACUAAAAUACUAGUUUUGAAUGGGGGCGGGGGGAAACGGGUAUUAUGGAGGGGAAAAAACAAAACAGGACCAAAGUUUAUGUGCCUUCUUUAGCAGUUCUAAUUGAUACUUUCUUCUGUUUGGAACUAAGGUAGUAUCAGUAUUCUGGGUUUCAGGAAAUAUGUACUAUAUUGUUUGAAAAGAAUGUCAUUCCACGGACCAUAUACGCAAAGGAUUGUAACUGUAUAAAUGAAAUCACAGUUAUACUUUUGCCUUUGUCACACAACAUUCAUCAUAGCAUUGUGCAGACCCAAGAACAGAUCUGUGGCAGUCAUUUUAGUUUUUGUGAUCUGAGGCAUAUGUUCCAGAGAGUAAGAACAUUUGUCUGGUCCAGUGACCUUGGUCAUAGUAGUCAUGGUUGAAAGCUGCUUAUGGCAAGCUUGAAUCAGCACUGCAACAGAUUUUCUUUGUGUUAUGUUAUUUUCACUUCUUGAUUCUAUGUAGUAGUGGUAGCCAAUAUUUAGCUAUGUUCUGUGUGUUCGUUAAAAAUCAUAACCUGGCUUUUUUUUCCCUCUUGCUAUUGUUAUUGAGAUCUCAUAAAAAUUAGCCCACAUCCAGAAAGUACUAAUGAUAAAGUUUUCAUCAAAAUGUCACCUCAUUGCUCUGACCAAAGAUUGUUUUGAUUUUAACUCUGUUGUUUUUUUCCCAAGCUCCUUUCUGAAAGAAAACGCGGUGCAAAGAGGCCUUUACUUUCUAUUUCCUAUCGGUGAAUAGAUACUCAGAGAAAAUGGGAGUUUAAUGUGAACAGAAUAGAAUAGUGUACAAGGGUUUGAUGGGCAUUUUCAGUACUGUAUUUAAGAAAAAAAAAUAGCACAGCUAGGAGCCUCUGACAUUGUCUCUUGUUUUAUAUGGUCUGUUCAUAAAAUUGCCUUUUUCAGUUUAUAAGAAUAUUCAUCUAACAGGAGAAAAUGCUGUAAAUAUUUGUAACAACAUUUUUUUAACCAGGCCAAAAAAGAAAAAAAAAAGGGUUUUGGGAACAAGUAAACAUAUAAAGUGGUUUUAUAUGAAACAUCAAUUGUCUUGUAUAUUUUGAUAAGCAGCAGUACCAGCUUUUGUUUGUAACAGUUUGUGGCAUUGGAAGAAAAGGAUUCUGUGAUUAUUGAAGUGGUUUAUGUUAUACAUGAAGAGAAGAUAAAAUAUUAAAAACAUAUUUUCUAACUGCGUAGUGCAUGGUUAAUUCAAGCUUCUGUACACUACAGUAUAUUCCAUUUCAUUUAAUUUGUAUAUUUGUUAAGACCUGAUAUCUCGAAUCUCUUUUCCUAACAAGUAUAGCAUUUGUAGCAUGCCUUUUAAUAAAUGUCAUGACAUCUGUACUCUCUUAAAAUUUUCCUGUGUUCUUAUCUGUACUUUGGGCUUCCUCUUUGUCUUACCUUGUAAUUCUAAUGAUGUCAUAUUUUCUUUUCUUUUUCAUAGUCAUUCAUCUA